UUUACCCGUUUCUUAAAUGCUUAUAUGAUAAUCUUCUACCCGUAAAAGAUUCGUCCCUACAUUCGGUGUCCAUUUGAUUGUAAUUAUGACUUCAAACUAAUUUAAGUAUAUUUUAAUAAUGAUAGCCAAACCGGCAUCAGAUACAUGGAUGGUCAAUACCCUCCUCUUUUAUAUACAUCGCACUGGAGCUCCUCAACAACCACCCUGCAUUCGUUAGUAUUUUUUGGUUUUGGGUUAUUGAAUUUUUGCUUCUGUGUUCAGUUCAAAUACCAUUUCAUGGAUUUAACUUCUUCUAGCGAACCAGAGAUAAUCAGACCAUACGAUGUAUUUAUUAAUCAUCACGGAGCUGACGUCAAGCACAGUCUCGCCGCAUCUAUCUAUAUGGCACUAAGUAAUCAAGGAGUGAGGGUUUUUUUAAACUACGAGAAGCUGGCUCUGGGCGAUAUCGUGACAAGCGCAAUAGAAGAAGCGAUGGGUAGUGCUCGUCUCUUCAUUGCCAUUUUUUCUCGUCGCUAUGCCGCAUCCUGCUGGUGUUUGGAUGAGCUAUCCUUCAUGGUCCAAACUGGCACAAAAAUCAUUCCCAUUUUUUAUCAUGUUAAUCCCACCGACCUCAGAUGGGCUGAUCAUGAGAUAGGAAUCUAUGGAGAUGCACUCUCACAGCAUGAAAUUUGUGGUAGAUGCACGCCAGAGAAGCUUGAAGAGUGGAUGGAAGCGCUCCGCACCGUGUCAUUUCUCAAGGGUUUUGUUAUUUAUGAUCCAGAGGAUGAGAAGAGGGCGAUUAAGGAUAUCGUUGAGGAAACAUUAAGGCAUAUGAAGAAAGAGUCAAUACAGGAAGACACAUAUGCAGUUGGUCUGGAUAAAACUGUAGUUGACUUUGAAGAAUCUACAUCCCAAUCUCCACAAAGCCAGCGGAAUAUACAGAUUGUUGGAAUUGUGGGUAUGGGCGGAUGUGGUAAAACAACUCUGGCGAAAGAGUUGUAUAAGAGAAAAAGCUCUUCAUUCGACGGCUCAAGUUUUAUUUCUGAAGUGCGAAAUGUAUCCAAAAAAGAUUUGCCUAACUUAUACAAGAUACUGGUAGCGGACCUGCUCGGUGAUUUGGAAGGUUUCACAAUUGACGAUAUAAUUCUGAAAUCAAAACGCGUACUCAUUGUUUUGGAUGACAUCGAUUAUGAGUACCAACUGGAGGCUCUCAUGGUUGGAAAGGACAGCCUUGGACCAGGCAGCUUCAUUAUUAUUACAACAAGGGAUAAAGGCAUUCUUAAACAUUAUGACAGUUCAAUCGAAAUUUAUAAAAUGAAACCUAUGGGUUUGCAUGAUGCACAGCAGCUUUUUUCUUGGCAUGCUUUUAACAAAAUCUCUCCAGAGCCGGGCUUUGAAGAUCUAGCUGGAAAGUUCAUAAAUGCUUGCAACGGAUUACCUUUGACUCUUAAAGAUUUAGGAGGUCUUCUUCGUGGCCAGGGGAAGGAUUUCUGGGAAUCUCAAUCAAGAAUCAUCUCCAGAUUGGUGACGAAAGAAGUCAAGGACAGGCUAAAACUAAGCUAUGAUGCAUUAGACGAAGAAAGAAGGAAUAUAUUUUUGGAUAUAGCUUGUUUCUAUGAUGGCAAAGAUAAAGAUUUGACCCUCUCUGUGUGGGAGCAGUCAGGAUGGCAUGGCGACCGCAGUCUAUACACACUUGUAGAUAAGUCCCUUGUUGAGAUUGACAAUUUCAACCGCAUAAGAAUGCAUAUUCAACUUCGUGAUUUGGGUAGACAAAUAGCUCUCGAGGAGAUUCCCUGCCGUUUAUUCUCUGACGAGCCAAAAAAACCUGUAGAGGAUUACCCAGAUGAUCAAUUUGAUACAGUAUUUCAAAUAUGGAUCAGCGACAAUGAAAAAAAUCCAGUGGCUCUUAAAACUAGAGGCGAUUACAUAAAGGGUGAAAAGAGUGAUCAGACAAGACUGUUGAAAUGGCUUGUGUGGUACGAUUGUCCACAGUCCAGCAUUCCUUCUGGGAUUUCGCUGGAAAAUUUAAAAAUUUUACAUCUUAGAAAUGUUUUCUUUAAUAAGUUAUGGCUUCAUGAUGCAAAGCUUCCUGAGCUUUUGGAGGAGCUGAAUAUUUUAGGAAGCAUUGGGGAGUUUCCAGAAUCAAUAAGACAGCUAGAGCAUCUUAAAAAAAUUGUAAUUGAUGGUUGGCCAAACACCAGCUUGAAGACUCUACCUGAGGAAUUCUGCCAGUUAAAAUCCUUGAAACAUCUUACUCUGAGGUGGUGUAGAACAUUGACAUCACUGCCCAGGCAUUUAGGCAAUCUAAGUUUCUUGCGGCAUUUAGACCUUGCCUUCUGUGACAGAUUAGAGGAAUUACCUCGCUCCUUUGAACAAUUGGUGAAUCUAAGCUACUUAAAUUUCCAAGGUUGCGAGAGACUUCUGAUCUCACCACAUUUUUUGGGAGAGAUCAGGGGUAUCGAGCACUUGAAUUUUAUGGAUUGUAGAAAUCUUAAAGUUUUGCCUGCUGAAGUUCCAUGUCAAGAGUUUCUAAGGAGCCUAAAUUUGGUUGGCACAAACUUGGAAAGGCUACCAAAUGAAGUAGGGAGAUUAGUUAACUUGGAAGUUCUGGAAAUAGGAAGCAGUUAUUUGACAGAUUUGCCGAUUUCUCUCGGGAACAUGACAAAUCUGCGAACCCUGAACCUGAAAGGCUGUGAAAACCUUAAAUGUUUACCGGACUUCUUAGGGCUAAGGAAAGAUCUGCGUAUAAAUGUGCUGCAGGCUCCAAAAGAUGUUCUCGGGAAAAAGGUAGAUGAAAACAUGGUGUGAAUGUGCAGGGGAAUUGAAUUGACGUCGACAAUUCUUCAAAGUGACUAAAAUUGAGGCGUAACUUAGACUGCUUUUAAUUGCAUUACGUGUCUAAUACUAAAUUGUGAUUAAUAUUUUAUUUGUAAGUUUUAAAUCUAAAAGAUAGGAAAUUUAUUGAAGUGAUAAUUUUCAAGUGUAUUAAAUUCUAUGCAAUGAUGUUCAACCUGUGAAGAGGAUCUCUGCUGUUGUUUUGUUACCUGAAGAGCUUACUGAUACAAGUGGUUGCCAGGGAUGUGGUCAACAAAAUUCAGACUGUUCUGUGUUAUCCGGCCAUGUAAGGAGUGAUUGUAAUGAUUGUUACUUUGCUGAAGAUUUUUGCGUUAGUGUUUUCAUCCCAACACUCAGCAGUUUGUUUGGGU